AUGGUGGUCGGAUUAAAGUCGACCGAAAAAAUGCGCACCCUUACAAUUGUUGCCAAACAACCGCCGACAGCUUUUGUCGGCCUUUGUAAUCAACUGAACCGGGUGCUGGAUAAGCUUCCGGGGCUGGGACGCAUUAGGGCCACAAAUAUCUUCAAGCAAUCGAUUGUUCAGGUAAAAAUGCUGCUGCGCCAAUGCUUGAAGUCUGCAACUGACGGCCCGUCGUCGGUGGUCGGAGAUACUGCACCUCGACCCAGAUGGCGGGCUAGGGAGAGAGACUUGGGCUUUAGUGUGCUGUAUUACCGUCGACUACUACCAGUGACCGCUGGCCCAGCACUCAAGACUGAUCACUCCGUUCGUCAGCAGCAUCUGCUCGUCACAUGGCGCCGAUAUCCUCAGACUUACGGACGUGUGCGAGUAUGCGGCGAGCUCUUCAAAAGCUUCCGUAUACAAAGCGGUGUCCGUCAGGGAUGCCCACUCUCUCCAUUCCUUUUUAACUUUGUGAUCGAUGAAAUAAUGAGACGAACGCUGGAGGGUCUCCAAAACCCUGGUGUUCAAAUAUUUUGUGAAGAAAACCUUGUCGAUCUGGAAUAUGCAGACGACAUCGUUCUCAUGUUCGAAGGGGCGGAGAAGGCGCAAGUAUUGUUGGAUGAACUGACCAAAGUCAUCCCGUCCUUUGGUAUUCACUUUGCACCCACAAAAUGUAAGGUCAUGCUUGUGGAUGUGCAGUUACUGAACACGCCACUUACAAUCCAGGGAGAGGUACUGGAAGUUGUGGAGCGUUUUACGUAUCUUGGAAGUUGUAUUAAUUCUCAUUGUAGUGUGACAGAUGAGGUCUUCUUACAAAGUGGAACCGUUAAGGACAAUAUUUCUGGCGCGGCUGACUCCAAAGCCUUGAAUUCACUUCUGUGUGCAGCCUUUUCUGACAGUCAUCCCAUUAACGUUCGGCGAUGCAUUUUGGAUUUUCUCCAUUUUCUCGAUGACCGCUUGCAUCCAACAGGGUCGCAUCUAAUGAUGCGUCUUCGUCUUCUUACGUCGUUUUCAAUUCUCAAUCCUCUGAUUUUCGGUCUAUCUUCAAAGUCUUUCACCGGAUCAGACCAGAUCAAGGACGAUUUUGAAGUUUUACGCAAAUGCCUUCUUCACAUAAUGAGUUCAGACAGUGUUAGUCAGUCGAGUUUGGUCUUUUCAAUGACUGUCCGAUUCUACCUUUGGCGCACAGCCGACAAGUUUUUCGAGGGGCUGAAUGUUCAUAAGUCUCUGCAGAUCCUUUUCAACCUUUUAUUGAACGGAGAAAUUUCUUUACCUGGACUUUGUGCCGGAGAUCUCCUCGCUGAUAUGUGUCGUGAGCCGAAAAUUGCAAACCAGUUGAGCAGCCUUCAAGAGUUUAAAAAUUAUUUAAAGGAAAUCAUCGUGCAGUUGAAAGCUAAGGAUACCUCUUUAGUAUUGAAGCUGCUCCACUUACUUCGCUGUUUGUUGGACAAUGGCGCCGAUCGCAAGGCAGAGCAGCAUAUCCGGGAUUUGUUCUUUGAGCAGCAGUCAACUGAGGAUGAUCCUCCACUCGAACCGUUGGAUACACUAUUCCAACUGGUUAUUGGACCUGACGAUCUUGUAGCCACUGCAGCACUGGAUCUACUGAUACGAUUAGUCGCUUCGCAAGAGGAGCACACAUUGGCGGACAAAGAAAACAAGCCCGCCUGCAAGGUUCCAUAUGAGUGGUUGCUUGAAUCCGCCAUCAGUGGUUUGCAAAGUAACACAAUUGCCGAUUCUGUCAACUUCCGGAUUCUUCUGGAAUCAGCCAACCAUCAACAGUCAAUCAUCUGCUCACGACUACUACGUAGAGUUCUACUCAUUCGUUUAGCCGACCGGUUGGUUCAGUGCAUACAGAGCACACGUACCGCGGACGUUCUCUCCACGCCUGACAACGGGACACUAGACAAUGUUUUUGCAUUAGUGGAACUACUAUUCAGGACGGUUUUGGGGCAGUUUGACGGGAACCUGUUGAUCGGUAUAUUGGCCGGGAAUAAAAAACCGGAUGUGACCUUGAACAUACCGGGACCGGCAAACGCCAAAGCUGAUGUGGAAUCUUGCCUACUGUCUAUGGGUUUGGCUGUUGAAGCGAUGGGUCUGGUGUACACGUGCACCGACAUGUUAUCCACCAUGUUUCCUGGCGUCUCACAAGAAGAUGAAGUCUCUCUGACACAGCCGUCCAAUGAGAAGACUGGUGGUGACAAUAAACCAGCCUCGAGUGUAGCGCGUCAUUGUGGUCAGUCUCUACAGACUCUGCUGGAGUGUCCGGAGACUCCAGGGCUCUUCGCCCUCGGCUUACUAACAACGUCACCAACCCAUUCGUCUCCUUCCGACUACUCCGCACUAGGACUCGGGCUGGCCACACGAUCUGCAAUAGUCCGCUUGUUGUCUGUCGCACUGCAUUUGGAUACCUUCGAUAACGAGCAAUUCGCUCUUUUGUUGCAUCGCCUUCAACCAACCGAUGGCAAUAUCACCUCUCUUCUGGAUCGUAUUUCUGGUGGACAAGCCGGUCUUUCCUUGUCGAUGACCUCAUUUCUAUCCCAGUGGGUCUGUUCGGCCGCCGGAGGGAGUGUGCAACACCAAUUCAUGCCUGCUUUUUCAUUUGACCAACUUUCCAAAUCCAAAAAGCGUCCUAGUGAGUCGGAUGCGCUUGAACAACGAAUCGACCGGUUUCUGACCGACUGGGAAGCUGAUCGAAACGCCGAAGUCCCUUCUUUCGCGUCCGAUGUGCUAUCGAUAUUCCAGUACAAGCUUCAUCUAUUGCAAUCUCGUGAGGAUGCGCUGGAGGCCAGCGCGUCUGCGAAUGCCGAAGCAUUGAACCAAGCCAACCGCUUGUGUGAGUACUACCGAGAAAGGGCAAUCAUUGCCGAGGCAGAAUCAGAACAACUGCGCGUAUUACAAUUGGAUUCCGUCGGCCGCAUCGAAAAAGACAAACUGUCGCUGGCACUACUGAACUCUCAGUUGGAACGACUAUCUUCAGAGUUAGUCGAACUCCGAAAACAACUGACAGACAAGACAUCGGAGUGUCAAGACUUGACACAAAAGAACGACAACCUACAAACAAAACUAAAUGCUGCACGGGAGGAAAAUCGUGCAAUGGAUGCAACCAUCGAUGACUACCGAAAUCAGUUGGAUUUGGCCAAGGAACAAAUACAAGCACAAUUAACACAAAUCAACAAAUUCACCCAGAUCACAAGGCUCAUUAACGAUCUGACCGGAAAUCCACAGGGCGAUUUGACGGCAAUAAAUUUACCCGUGGCUUCCGGAGAUAGUGGCGGUUCGAUUGGCAUGGAAUCUAUUAGCAGCCAUGGCGGCCAGGAUUCGGGAAACCGCGCGACCACUGCAGGCGUUGCCAAGCGAAUGGCUACAAGAGCUGCUAGGCGUUGAUUCAGCUACAGCAACCACUGGUGUGCAAUCCUACUACCGUUUCUGACUACGGCCAUCAAUAUUACCAUACAAUAAUCAGAUAAUCCGUGACUAGAUCUAUGACAUUCUUUGUCGAACUACGGUCAGUGUCUUCUCAUGUAAAUAUUGCCUCAAGAUCUCUGUACCCUCAUCUGCAGUGUUUGAGUAAAUCCCAUGUCUUAUGUGUCCCAUAUGUCCUAACGGAAAGAGGUACGAACUUAAAUGAGAGCUGACGUUGGUAAACCUCUCUCGCUUUCCGAAUCUCC